AGACGGUUGCGUGAAUGCGUCCAACUUCUCGAAGACUACCAAAAAGGCAUAGCCAAAGCCUCUGAUCAGGAACUAUGGCGAGCUCAAAAGGUCAAACAAGCAAUACUGCAUCCGGACACUGGCGAAAAGGUUCUGCCACCUUUCAGGAUGAGUGGAUUCGUACCAUUCGGGUGGAUAACGGUGACAGGGAUGUUACUGCCCAACCCUUCUUGGCCAACACUCCUGUUUUGGCAAUGGAUGAAUCAGUCUCACAAUGCUUGUGUUAACUACGCUAACAGAAACGCUACACAGCCACAACCGCUUUCCACUUAUCUAGGAGCCUAUGGAGCUGCAGUCACAGCAGCUUGUUCCAUUUCAGCAGGUCUUACCUAUCUGGUAAAAAAGUCAAAAACUAUGCCUCCCACUACUCGAAUGAUCGUUCAGGUAAGAGCACGGUGGUAG